AUGGUUUCCGCAUCUUUGGCCUCUUCUGCCCCUGAGAAGGCUGACAAUCCGUUCUUACCUAUGCCUGAUGAGCAGCUUCCAACAUCGACUGACUGCUCAACGAGUAGCUAUGAAUCCAUCCUCGCUGCUAUAUCGCCGUUCUUUGUAGCUGUUUACCAGCCCUUUUGUGAGUUGAAGUACAAGGAGAUGUGGCUCUACGAGGAUGAUCGCGAUGCUGUCGAGGGCAUGCUAAGACAUGUCUAUGGCCUCGACGCCAGCGGUGCUGUGACAAAUCCAGGAGUCUACUUCUACCUCCGCCUGUUCACGGUCGCAAGCAAGUACAACGUGCCUACACUGCUCGAGGAGGCCGUGGAAGCUGUCGAGGAGAGACUUGCGCCGGCCACGAGUGCAAGCUGGUUCCCCGAGGUCGUCUACCAGAUCUACGAGGAGCUUCCGGUGCACCAGCGGGAGCUUCGAACUGUCGUGACAGACAUCUGCCUUCGGGAUAUACACAAGCUGUUCAAGACGAAGCAGUUCAAAGAGCUGCUCAUGGACAUUCCAGCGCUUGGGAUUGAUGUAAUGCAGUCUGUGCUUGAGGAAAGCUACGACGAUGAGGAUGUGGAGGAAGAGGACGACAUGGAGGCUUGA